AUGGCCAUUGAGCGUCUACAUCAGACUCUCCGCCACCUCGACCAGAAGACGCGGCUAUCGAUUCUUCAUGGCCCAAAGGAGCCAGAGCUACUAAGCCUCCAUCUCGGGACAUUGCUGGACUUGCAGGCGCAGAGACUUGCCUCCAGAACCUCUUUGGUGUCUCGGGCUCAAAACGUUCGCCACUCCUUCUCGUCUCUUCGCGCGCGGAGCCAAGAGAUUGCGCGAGGCCUGCUUUCUCUUGGAAUCCGACAUGGAGACUGCGUGGGAGUGUUUGCAGGAAACUGCGCCGAGUAUGUGGAGCUGUUCUUCGCGUGUGGACGAAUAGGCGCGAUUCUCGUGGUGCUCAAUGUGACAUAUACACCAGAAGAGCUGAAGCGGGCAAUCGCUGCCAGUGAGUGCAAGGUGCUAUUCAUUACAGCCAGAAUCGGCACACGAAGCUAUGAUAGCACAAUCGAGACCCUCCUGGAUUCGAACGGGGCCACAAGCAUACCUGGCUUACAGAAAUUGCUUCUGUUGAGAGACGAUCAGACAACCAAGUACAAAUUUCUUCCGACGUUACGUGACAUUAUUUCCAGAGGUCAUGAAGUAAGCGACACGGCCCUACAGACGACAGAGCUGGCUGUAUCUCCUCACGACGUCUGUAACCUCCAAUUCACCAGUGGGACUACAGGCAACCCGAAGGCAGCCAUGCUAACACAUUUCAAUAUCAUCAACAACGCGCGCUUCAUUGGGGAUCGAAUGGCGCUUUCCGAGAAGGACAUUCUUUGCUGCCCUCCACCAUUGUUUCACUGCUUUGGGCUCGUCUUGGGACUGUUGGCUACGAUCACCCACGGGAGCACUAUCGUGUUUCCCAGUGACAGCUUUGACGCCGAAUCCGUCUUGAGUGCCGUCCUGGAGGAGCAAUGUACAGCUAUUCACGGCGUACCCGCCAUGUGGGCUGCGGAGAUGCAGCUGAUUGGACCCCAACACGACUUCUCAAGGCUGAGGACGGGCAUUGCUGCAGGUUCAGCAACACCGAGACAGAUGAUGGAAGAUCUGGGAAAGAAAAUGAGCCUCAAGUACCUGACGAACACCUAUGGCAUGACGGAAACGUCUCCUGCCAGCUUCAUGACAUCCUGGAACGACACGCUCGAACGAAGAUUAGCCACCGUGGGCACGAUCCUACCACAUACAUCGGCAAAGAUCAUUGACGGGCAGGGAAACAUUGUGCCCAUCGGCUGCAAAGGAGAACUCUGUAUCUCCGGCUAUCUGCUGCAAAAGGGCUACUGGAAGAACCCGGAGAAGACGAAGGAGGUCAUGAUACGGGACGAGCACGGGACCUUGUGGAUGCAUACUGGCGACGAAGCCGUGUUCGACGAAGACGGAUACUGCAAAAUCACGGGUCGGAUCAAAGACAUCAUCAUUCGCGGCGGGGAGAAUAUUUUCCCUCUCGAAAUCGAAGAGAUCCUCAUGGAACACCCGUUGAUCAUGAACGCCAGCGUGGUGGGAUUGAAGGACGACAAGUACGGCGAGAUCGUGGCGUCCUUUCUACAAGCUGCGAGUGACAAACGACCAGAUGACGAAGAAGUAAGAAGCUGGGUAAGGCGGAGACUCGGGAGGCAUAAAGCGCCGAAACAUGUCUUCUGGAUUGGCGAUCCCAAAGUCGGUGACUCGUAUCCAUUGACAGGAAGUGGGAAGAUCAAGAAGAACGUACUCAGAGAGCUUGGGGACACGCUGUUGAAAGAGUCACUGGCAGUGCGUCAGUCGUAG